GCCAGCCCUUGAAUAGCCCGAUUCCGGAUUGGCGUCGGGGAAUCUCAAUAGAAGUCAGCGCCAUGAAGCGCUCACACGGGCUGUCAAAAGCCGUACUUUUCACGGGUCUCUGUGCCGCUGUAGCUGUCGCCUUAAUGUCAGCAGGACUCUCGAAUGCGCUCGAUUGCUAUGUGUGCAGCUACUUGGAAAGCUACAACGAUACCUCCUGUGUGGACAACCCCAGGGCACUAAAGGUGCUCAACUGCAGCAUGAAAUACUGCGAGACGGUGCGGAUAGAACUGAGGCGCAACCCGAGUAAGGUGGUGUCCUUCUCACGGGGCUGCCAGGACGUACCUGUGAUGCUGUAUGGCAACAUUCCAGAUGAAACCUUUCGCACCUACUACACCUCUUGCCAGCAGGACUUGUGCAAUGGCCACAACGGAAGAAUUAAGAACUCCACAAGCGGAACGGGAGCCAUACACAAUGGCAUCGUUCCUGGGAAAAAUGCAGGCCAUAUAGUUAUAUUUUGGCCAUACUCUCUACUGAUGGCCAUAAUUUUGCCACUUGUGCAGUAAGAGAGUGGCUGAGAUUUCAAUAAAGAAAUA